GCUGGUAUUUCCGUCUUCUUAAGAGAGUUUAAAAUGUUACUCUUUGAAUUUAAAUAGACAGUUACUGAUUCUGUACUCUUAAAUUUAAGGAACACAAUUUCCUUCUUUAAACUUUUAGUUGGGAAAAUAGUUCCAAAGGCCCAGGCUCACUUCUAUCUUUUUAAAUAACUGUGGGUUUCAGGUAAAGUUCAGGUAGUAUCUGGGAAUGCACUGUCAGCCUCCACUGUCCACUUAGCAGGAAUGUAGAUGCUCUUUCCUUGGAAACUCACAUGGUAAGUCAAAGUUGUGUUCAAGUUGGUAUACACAUGCCAUGUCAUCUGUUAUUAGUUAAUAUUUUAAUUAAAAAGGUAGAAAUGACAGUGUAUCGUACUGAAAAAUAGUAGGAACAUACUAGUUGAUCUUAACCAAUAGCUUGAGAAUAAUAAUUUUCUGAAGCCUUCAGUCUGGGUGAUGUAAUCACUUCAGUAGUAGUCUCUUUUCCCUAACUUUCCUGAGCAUGGCAGCCAGCGGCUUCACUUUUAUUCAUAUGCAUUUUCAUCUAGUUCUAGUAUUGAGAUGCAAAGAGCAAGCAGUGAAUGUUACAGGUACAAAGCUGGGGCAGAGUAUUUUAUGCUUAAAACUAAUUUCUUGAUGCCUGGAUUGAGGCUUUAUUAGACUUCAGAUAUAUCUAGUGUUCUCCAAGAGAUGUGGCCAUUGGUUCCUCUCUUUUGAACUUAAGUAUGCCUUGUAUUAGCAAACAGUAACAUGUGGGUGUAGUGUCCUUUGACAGGGAUGACUGAAAUACUGUAUUUUUGCAGUAGUAAUGUUUUCAUGUGAGGAGUGUAUGUGUGUAUAUGUUUAGGUGUUCAUAAGUAACUUUAGAAUGAAGAAUAUUUGUCUGGGAAGGCUAGUCACUCAUGGUCAAAAGUCUUCCUUAGAGCUCAGUGGAAGAGGAUGUGCCCAAUCCUGCUGGGAAUAGAUGCCCCCGGGUGGAGUGGUACCCAAGGGGAGGGGACAAUGGGGGAAAUGGUGGGAUUGGGAAGAGAGGAGGAAGGGGACUGUGAGUCGAGUCUCAGUCUGUUUCCUUUUGAAACAUGAAGCAAGGCUUAUAUUGAGCAAGAAAACCCAGUCCCUAACCAGGCACUACUCUAGCACCAGGCAGUGCUCUUUCCUCAUUUCCUAGCAUUUUGGUGAAAACUAGUCGAAAGUAAAUUCAUUAAGAACAGGCCAUUUUGUUAUCUGGUUACCAGCUUAUCACAUGCUUGACAUGUAAGACCUGCUCCCCUGCUUCCUGAUUCCCCUUCCUUUCUUUCCCCUGCCCAUUUGAGUCCUUGGAGGAUAAAGAAAUAACCUCUUGAGGGAAUACUAGGCUUUGAUUACCAUAACUAAAACUAUUUAUUUAUAGUAUGUAAAAAAUUAGUCAUAUACUAGAGACCCUUCCACACUUAACAGCUGUUAAUGUUUUGGCUUUUGGCUCAUAAAAUGAAAAGUUAAGUUGUGUAAACCCAAAGAAUGUUAAGGAAAGUAGAUUAAAAGAAAAACAUGUAUGACCUCUUUCUAUAUUUCUGCCAGUUUCAUUAUACCAGGCACUCUUAAGUCUCUCACACACUCCAGGGGCUAUUGUUGAGAAUGCAGCAGACUUGUGCUAUCACAGAUCCUCGUCAGUGUGUAAAUUGGAGAAGAAGUAGAUACUCUCCAUUGUUAUGGUCUGUGCUUUUAUCAUGGUGAGUAAUGGUUGACAUUUUCAAAACAAAAUUGUUUAAAGUGUGCACAGCACAGUCAUUGCUACAACACAGUACAGGUAUUCAACAAGGAAAAGCAAGUUUAAAAGGUAACUUGGAAAUGGGGCAAGAGAGAUAGCUCAGUUGUUAAGAGCAGGGAUUGCGGGGUUGGGGAUUUAGCUCAGUGGUAGAGCACUUGUCUAGCAAAGCGCAAGGCCCUGGGUUCGGUCCCCAGCUCCAAAAAAAAGAAUUAAAAAAAAAAAAAAAAAAGAGAGAGAGAGCAGGUAUUGCUCUUUCAGAGGAAUCUGGCUUAAUUCCCACCAUACAUAUGAAAUUCCAUGGAACUUGACACCCUCUUCUGGCCUCUGAGGGUACUGAGUGCACAUACAUAUAUGCAGGUGAAAUACACACACACACACACACACACACACACACACACACACACACACACACGCAUGCACGCACACCCACAUGCGUGCACACACUAUAUUUUUAAAUUAACUUAAAUAAAUGAGUUGAUAUGUUUGGGGCUUAAGCACUGGAAGUCACAUUUUAAAUUCAGAGUCUUUGUCGAAACCAAGGCCUCAUUUACCUUUGUUUGAAAUGUUGGAAAAAUUCCAUUUUUAAGUCCUAUUUUAAUCACCAACAUUGCAUUUUGUAAUGAACUUCCUCAGUAAAACUUCACUGAACAAGGCCAUUUAGUCCUGAGAAAAUUAUAGAAACUUUUAUCUUCCACUCUAGUUCAGACUGGCCUCUAACUGACAGCAUUGCUCCUGUUUCAGUUUCCUGAGCCCUGAGAUUAUAGGCAUGAGCUGGCAUCCCUGGGAAACUUCUGUUUUUAGCCUUUUCUGUAGAUAAAAGCAGUAGGUGGAAACUUAAGUGAUGGUUUCUGCCCCCUGCUAUCAUUAACUCUUGCCUGUGAAUCACUUGACUGUGGUGUGUAGUCCACUCCUGACUUAGAAUACCAGUAUUCACUGUUUCAUUUGGUGAAUUGAGGGAGAGAGUGGGAAAGGUUAAGAGUUUGGUGAGAGGAGGGAGAGAAUUAAUCUUUUUUUUUUUUGGAAGUAUUCCUUUACUUCCUCUUCAAAGUUGACAGUCUGAAAGACCAAGAACUCCUUAGCUGGAGAUGGGAGAAGCUCUGUCUGCAUUCCUCAAGCAGCCCAAGGACACCUCUGAUCUCUCCUAGUCAGUCUCUGUGUCUUCCUCCCCCUUGAAUAGACAGAGAGUAGAUUCUAUUGUGGGAGGAGGGUUUAUGCAUGAGAUUGCUGCACUUUCAGUUCAAACUGGGCAGAAGGUAAGCGUUAUCUCUAUUACGGACGUUGACUGUGUUUCUCUGAGUGCGAGUGCCUUUGUACAGUUUCUACACAGGAAACAGCCUUAGGUCAUUCCUGAAGCAGAGAGGGCUGGUGUUUGCUUGGCAUCAUCCAAGGCUCUGUGGCUUCUGAUGUCUUAUGGGUUUACAUAGAUUUUUGGGAUUGACCCCAUCCUGAACCUCACUGAUGCACCCCUUAUUAGAUCAUCUGUAGUGAAAACCAAGCUCUAUGGCUUAUAAAAUAUGGUAGUUAAAGAUAUGUACAUGACUAGGAGGCUCUUGUAAUCAAAUAGAAAGUGAAGCAGGUCAGAAUCUGUAGAUAAAACUUUAGAGAUCAGUCAGAGGUUAGAUCGAGAAGGUCCUCAAUUGAUUAGGCCCAAUCAAGAAAAUAUCUUUAAGUAUUUAAGAUAUUAUUUGUUUAAACUAUUAACUUUAAAGAAACACGGUUAGAUACUUAUAUUACUCAAAAAAUUAUAACUUUAAACAAAUAGGAAAUUUGAAUGAUCUUUAUUCUUAAAUAAGGUUAAUUUUUUCCAUUUGUAUGACUUAUUUUAAAUUGUUUAUUAACAAAAUGUAACACAGGAAUACUUAAUUUCAGGUAUUUUCCUUUAUAGUUACCUAAUAAAAAUAAUAAUGCAUUUUUGUUAGCUAACAUGAUUAAAGAAUACCAAUUAGCUUUAUUAUCAUAAAGAAGCAAAAUGACAUGAUUGAAAUUGAUUACUAUCUACUUACAAGACAGUUAUUUUUUAUUUAGGGCAACUAAUAUUUAUUGAAUACCUUCUAUUUUUUAGGGUCUCAGAUAUCUUUGUUACAUUAUAGAACUCUCAGAACCGUUCUUUUAUUUUUCAUUUAACAACAACAAGAACAAAACAAAAACAAAAAAAAAAAAAACAAAAAAACUAAGAAUGAGAUCAAAAGGAUCUCACUUAGUACCACAGGCAGUUGUAUACCCAGGUAACAUGUUACCCUUCCACACAGGUGUCCUAGAGCCAUAGUCUUUAGUUGUAAAUUUACUUCUCUUAAAUUCAAUAUGGAUGUAAACAGUAUUUUUUCUUUUCUUUUCUUUUUUUCAGAGUUGGGCACUGAACCCAGGGCCUUGUGCUUGCUAGGCAAGUGCUCUACCACUGAGCCAAAUCCCCAACCCCUUAUAUAUAGUUUUAUAAAUACAGGGUGUUCAGGAACUUAAAUGACUGAAUAACAAUGGUGAGCAACAUAUACACAGGUGUGUGUAUAUUCUCUUCAAGUUAAAAAUAACUUUCUGACAGCUUGAGUUCAGAUGAAAUAGAAUAUUAGUAGUGGUAUUUUCUUUUACGUUGUAGACCUAGAAUUAAGGCCAAAUGGUUACACAACAAAAUGAGAAUAAUCUGAUAGUAUAAAUUCUGGACUACUUCUACAAUAGAAGUAGUUAUUGUCUUAUAGGAAGUCUGUUCUGAGCAAAGUAUCUUCAAAGAAAGAGAAGGAAUUACAAAGAAACAGAUGAGGAACUGUGUCUACCCUCUUGCCUCUAUGACUGGGGACUGAUCCCCAAAGCCUUGCACAAGCCAGCAAGUCCUGUAUCAUCAAGAUCCAUUCCCAGUCUUCUGAGGGCUGAGCUACUAGCUUGUUCAAUUCAUAUGCCAAUGGCAGAAGCAGGACCGUUGCAGUCUGGGCAGUUUUGACUAGUUUUGUUCUGUUAUUUUUAUAAUUUUUACUGUUUUAGCUAUAGUUAGGAAAAAACUAUCAUAUAAUAAAAUUGUUUCUUCGGCAAAAACCUCUUCUAGUUUCCCCUAUUAUAAUGAGCAUUAUAAGAACAGGAUGUUGUUUGUAAUAUUAGAUCAUUUUCAUAGCUUCAUUAAGAACUUUGUCUAGGGCAAAAUCAUAUCAUAUAUGAUUUUGAUUUACUUGGAAAAAGCUUAUAAAAAAACCAUAACUUUCAAAACGUAUUUAUAUCAUAGAGACUGCAAAUGUUUUGAAAUGGUUCUCUGUUGUCUUGAGAUUCCCUUCACAUAGCCAGUCCUCCUACUGAGGUUGGCUCAUAAAAGCUUGCAAAUUCUUCAGUCUUGCUAGAGAUUGUUGUUCUUAUAGCUCAAGAAGAGUGACCUUUGAACGUAGGUUAGAGACUGGCCGAAGAUGUUCUUUAUCAGUGUCUUGUCUGCACUAUGAAUGUUCAGUUUGUAAAGUUUCUGCACUGUGGUUUACAUCCUUAUUUAAGGAGCCUUCAGAGUCCUCUAUUUCCAUGGCCUACUUUUGGGGCUGGUAUGAAGAGUUAGCUUCAGGGUUUGAUUAUUCUAUGGGUAUGAAAAUGGCAUUUAUAGAUUCGUUAUUUGUAUUUAAUUCUUCAACUGUGCUGAAGAGGAAUGAAUUCUCCUGACCUGACACAGUUUCUAUGUAAUCAUUUGUAAAGUUUGGGUUAUCAAGAUGUUUGGUAACAAUAUCUCUGAAUUUAAGUUUGAAAGUGACAGUUUCAGAAUUUAGAUUCUUAGAAGAUGCACAAAACCCAGCAACACCUAAAUCUUGAUGUUUCCAGAACAUCUUGUUUAAGUCAAUGUAUCACUUUAUAUAGUAUGUCUUAGAGCUGCUGGCUCCAUCAGGGAAUGGGAGUCAUGCAGUUGUGUGUGUUCAGGUGGUACAUCGGUGUUACCUGCAUUUUCUUUGCUCCAUUUGAUAUAAAUUACUCUUUUGACUCAGCUUUUAGGCAUACUUAAUGUCCUUAUUCUCCCUCCCCUCCCCCAUCUCUCUCUGUAGUUUUUCCUUAACAGUCUGUAGGCGAUGAAAAUAUCGUUGGAAUUGCAGUUGGAAUUGAAGAAAUUCUGCUCCUGUUUAGCUUAUCUCAGUACUUUUCUUUUUGUGAUUGUAGAGAGUUUAAGAACGAUCUUGAAUGCAGUAUAUAGCCCAGGCUGGCUUGAAAUUCCUGUUUUAGCUACCUAAGUGCAUGGAUUCUAGCUGUAUAUCAUGAAGCCUAGCACUAUAUGUUUCUUAGUCAGAACCCCCUCCCCAUCUCCAGAAAUGGAUGUGCUUUAGCAAGUGAUACCCCAUCGGAUGUCAACAAUCAGGACUAAAAGGAUCUCUGUUUGGGAACUGAUAUUUAUUGGGAGUCCCAGAGUCUUGUUUCAUGUUCUCUAGCCACUUUUGAAUUCUUUCUUUAUCAUAUGGAGGAAACAAAACAGCUCAGCUCUCAACCUUUACAAGCACCUGAUGCCCCAGCCCACAGGCACAGGGAGCUGCUAGUUCUUCUCUAGUUUUCUAGUGCCAUCUCCUUUGCUAGUUUCUUUUACAUUGUGAGCCUGACUGCCAUAAGUGUCUGCUUCACUAGUGUUAGAAGAACAAAGGGAAAAUACUGCAUGUAUUUUAAAGGAUUAAAAGGCUUUGAAAACCUUUUGAUUGAAGGAAUUCUGCUCCUGUUUAGCUUAUCUCAGUACUUUUCUUUUUGUGAUUGUAGAGAGUUUAAGAACGAUCUUGAAUGCAGUAUGUAGCCCAGGCUGGCUUGAAACUCCUGUUUUAGCUACCUAAGUGCAUGGAUUCUAGCUGUAUAUCAUGAAGCCUAGCACUAUAUGUUUCUUAGUCAGAACCCCCUCCCCAUCUCCAGAAAUGGAUGUGAGUUACACUCAAUCUGAGAAAUUACAGAAGUUCUAAAGAGUUAGAAAAUGAAUCGUAAGGUUAUUAUUACUAAGCAUCUCCCAGCCUAGGCAAAGGACAAAGUAUCUUUAGAAGAUUAAUGAAUAACAUUGAAGAGCUAGUAAAGAGUGAAUUCAAAUAUUAGAUAAGUAGAAGAAAGGAGAUAACAGAAAUAGCGCAAUUCUAGGCCAUAUGUAAUGGAUGAAUAGUAGAGAAUACUCAGCCCUUUCAAAAGUUGUUCCUGGAAACUAAGAGCUAUGAUAUAUGCCUAGGAUGGACAGACAAACAGACAGGCAGGCAUGCAGGUGGGUGGGCAAAAGAGGGUGGGGGUGGAGGGAGGGAAGGGAGGGAGGGAGAGAGAGAGAGAGAGAGACAGAGCGAGACCUAGAGAGUGGGCAGGUAGCAGCCGCCCCUGAAAUAAUCCUGUAGAUCUACUACUUGCUACUUGGAAGUACAAGAAAAGAGAAUUUAGAAUUCCAGGCCAGCCUGAGGUAAAUGGAAAGAUGUCCCCUCCCAACAAAGAAGGAAAUGAAAAAGAACUCCAAACUACCACUAUAAGAAGGAGAGAGGGGCUAUCACUGCUGAUCCCAUAGGUACAAGGUACAAAAGCACAGAAGUACAGGGCACGUUGAGUUAGUUUAUGGCAUAACUAACAAAAGCUUACUCAAGAAGUUCCUCAUCUGAUAAAAAGAUGAAUUUGUAUUUUAACAUUCUCAUACAGGAGAAUGGGACCUUGGUGGUUUUUCUGUACGUGAUAGCAAAUAUGAGAAGAAAGAGCUGUGGACACAGUGACUACGUAAUGUCUGCAUCCUACCUAACGUGUGAGACCCUGGGGAGACAGCAGGAACAAAAUGCAGACAGAGGAAAGAAUACUGAGUUUACAGAACUCCUACUAUUACAGAAAUAAUAUUAAGUUUACAGACAACAGAGUAAGGAACAUUUCUCAGCUCAUUCUUUGACGUCAGCAUAGCAUUUAUAGAAAGCAGGCAAAGACAUUAGAACACAAACACAGAACUCCAUCCUUAAUAAACAUACACUUGAAAAUCCUCAUAAACAGUACUUGGAUUAAUCGUGGUUGCAUAUUUGAUCCUUAUAAUUCAUUGUAUUAAUAAACUAAGGGAGAAAAAAUAUGUGGGCUUACAAUAGGUACAGAAUAAUAUUUGACAACAUUAAUUAUCAAACAUUCCAUUAAGCUAAGAGGGGUAGUUCUUGACUCAUUGGUGGCAUCUAAGGAAACGCUUUUACUGUGUGAUGCUCUUAAUGAUGAAAGACUCGAUGUUGUGUCCGUGAUUGAUGACAAAACAAGAACCCCCCCAGUCUGAACACAAAGACUUAAAGAUUGAAUUGCAAACCAGCCUUUUUUCAGACAGAUGUUUUAAUUUCAUAAGUAGAAAAUCUUGAUCUACCAAAAUUACUAAAAUUAUUAAGUGGCUUUAGCAAAGGGUAAGGGUAACCAAAUCAAUUCUUUCCGUAAAGACCUGUUAGCAAAAAUAACCUCUUGGAAAGUAAAAUUUCAGAAUGAUUAUAGUAGCCUAAAAAAGUACAAAAUAUUUAUUGAUACAGUUAAAGAAAAUAAAUUAAGACUUCACUAACAUUAAUUACGGGGGGAAAUGAAAGACUUAACUAUAUGAGUAAGAUGUCUUGUUCUGGACAAGUCAUAUAGCUCAGUGAUGGAGUGCUUACGCCGUGUAUGCCAAGCUCCUCAAGCCUACAGUCAUACACAGACACACACAUGCAUGUGCAAAAACGAUGACUUUCCCUGUAUUGGAAAGUACAGUAUUAUUAAGGUGCCUGUUGUUAUCUCUUUCAUUUAUUAAUUCAACUCAGGAAUAUCUUAGCAACUUUAACACACAUACUACACACACACACACACACACACACACACACACACACACACACACAACACCACACACACAAUUUAUGUGGAAAUUAAAAGGAUGUAGAAUAGUAAAAAAAUACUUUUGUAAAAACUAAUGAGAUGAAGGGUGUAAAUUAGGAAGAUACAACAACUAAAGUUUUAUAGAAGAAUGGUGUAUAAGAUGGGAUAGGAAGUUUAGCACAUCAGCACACAUGUACAGUCUGUUAAUUUUUGUCUAAGAUUCCUGUACAGUUCUGGGUACAUGAUAGACCUUUUAUGAUGGCGAAGCACACUGGGUGAGAUCUGUAACAGAGUAAACCCCAUUUCCUAAUUCACACCAUAUGCUUGAAAUACAGCAUUGUCCUAAAGGUUACCUAAGCAGAAAUUCCAUUCAACUUGUAAAAGAAACUAUCCUAAUGUAUUUAUCUGGCAUAGGCAAAUACUUAUUUGAUAGUACAGAGGAGCAUAGUAGUAUAAAUUGCCACCAAAUAUAUAUUGGAACUCACUGAAGAUAAUGUUUCUGUUUACCAGAAGUUUCUUAGGAAAGUGUAUAGGCCAGUCAUGCAGUGAGAAAACACUGCAUUUAACUGACAAAGGACUUUCAAAUAUACAAUGAACUAUUACAACUCAGAACAAAUGAUCCUGUUAAAUGGGUUUUAAACUUACGUGGACAUUUUACAGAGAAACUUAGGAAUAGUUGAUAAAUGCAUGGGAGGCAUUUUUAACAUUAGUAAGCAGAAGAGUGAGAUGAAAAUGAGAGUGAUACUGCUCACCUACCAGAGGGCCCAAACUCACACAUAAUGGUAUCCGAAUUCUCAUAUUGCUGAGGGAACAGAAAAGGACUCAAUUACUUUAGAAAGCCCCUUUGUAGUUUCUUUUUCUUUUUUUUUUUUCCAUCUUUAUUAACUUGAGUAUUUCUUAUUUACAUUUCGAUUGUUAUUCCCUUUCCUGGUUUCCGGACCAACAUCCCCCUAGCCCCUCCACCUCCCCUUCUCUAUGGGUGUUCCCCUCCUCAUCCUCCCCCCCAUUACCGCCCUCCCCCCAACAAUCAUGUUCACUGGGGCUUCAGUCUUAGCAGGACCAAGGGCUUCCCCUUCUACUGGUGCUCUUACUAGGCUAUUCAUGGCUACCUAUGAGGUUGGAGCCCAGGGUCAGUCCACGUAUAGUCUUUGGGUAGUGGCUUAGUCCCUGGAAGCUCUGGUUGGUUGGCAUUGUUGUUCAUAUGGGGUCUCGAGCCCCUUCCAGCUCUUUCAGUCCUUUCUCUGAUUCCUUCAACGGGGGUCCUGUUCUCAGUUCAGUGGUUUGCUGCUGGCAUUCGCCUCUGUAUUUGCUGUAUUCUAGGUAUGUCUCUCAGGAGAGAUCUAUAUCCGGUUCCUGUCCCCUUAGUAGUUUCUUAUGAGUUAAAACAUGACCUAGCAUUGUAUCAUUGCCCAGUGUAAAAAUGUUUUAUUAAAAUUUGCAUUUGAACAGUCAUAGAAACUAUUUAUCAUGGUUCUCCAAAAAUACAAAUGUCUAUUCAUGGGUGGAUGAAUGAGUAAACUGUGUCUUAGUAGAAUCUAAUAGGAAUUACUGACCCACAUAAGCACAUGUGAAUCCAGAAAUGCUGAGACACUGCCAGGCACAAAAAGGAGCACACGUUUUUUCUUCAUCUGUCUGAGAUUGCAGAGCAGGCCAGGCUGAAGUCAGUGGGGGUGGCUGAUAUGAGAACAGUCUCUUGUCUUGUGGAGGUUGACAAGACUGGUACAAGGAACUACCUGGGCGGGGUGAGGGUCAGGUUUUCUGUCUUGUUAAAUUUUGCAAGACCUAAGUGAGUAUGAAUUUGCCAAAACCUAAUGGCUGUGAUGUGGAUGUUUCACUAUAUGUAAAUAAUACCAUAAUCUGAAGUAAUGAUUUUUUUGGUCCUUUUUCUCAAACUACACAUGCAUUUUAGCAGUCAUAAUAUUUGGUGAUAAUUACAUGAACACAGGUGUUGGUUAAAUUCACUUCUUAUACCAGAAGAGAAGUGUGUUGCAAAUGUUACUUUUGCUCAUUCAAUUUCCUUUGCUAGGAUGCUUGAAAGAAACCUAGAAUGGCUCAUUUAAUUAAUUUAUUUAGCAGUGCUAUUGAUUUCAUCUUUCUAUUUUUGGGCAGACCCCAAAUAUAGAGGGAUUUGUCUGUGAAAAUUUUACUUAGUUAGUUUAUAUGCAUAUAUGUAGGAGUGCCUGUGUGAGUUUAUGUGCACUGGUGCCUAUGAAGUCCAGAAGACGGUGUUGAAUCUCCGAAAACUGGAGUUAUAGGUGGUAGCUAUCUGAUGUAGGCUCUCUGCAAGGGCAUUAAGCACUCUUAGCCGCUGAACCAUCUCUUUAGCCUGAGUAAAAUUUAAAGAAAUUAUCAAGUGUUAUUGGUGCUCAGCCUACUUUGAAGUAUAGUGUAUACCUGAAUGGUUGGCUCCUUUAAAUAACAUUAGAGACUUGUCUUUAGUGUGCUAUCAAUAGAAUAUUUUUUAAAGUCAGAUAUGAUGUCAUGAGCUUAGUUCCAGCUACCAAGAAAGCCAAAGAAGUAGUUCUCUUGUGCCCAAGAGAAAGGCCAGCCUGGAUAGCAUAGUGAGACCCCCUCUUAAUCAAUAAACAAAUAAACACUUUGUUUUAAUAGAGAUCAGUGUAAUCUUACCAUGUAGGUUGAACAUAGUCGUCUUUAAAAAAAAUAAUUCAAGGGUUGGGGAUUCAGCUCAGUGGUAGAGCGCUUGCCUAGCAAGCGCAAGGCCCUGUGUUUGGUCCCCAGCUCCAAAAAAAAAAAAAAAAAAAAAUAAAUAAAUAAAUAAUACAUGCUUCAGGUAAGAGUGUUCAAUUUGGCCAGUCAUGGUAGCACAUGCAUUAAUCCCAGCACUUGAGAAGCAGAGGCAGGUGGAUCUCUGUGAGUUUAAGGCCAGCCUGGUCCAAAUAAUUAGUUCUAGGAUAACCAGAGCUACAUAGUGAGAUCCUGUCUCAAUAAACCAAGGGUGGGGGAUGGGAAGAAAAAGAAAAAAGUAUUUCAUUGAUCCAGAAAAUUAUAGAAUAGUAAACUUUGUGCAAUUAGUUCUUUUCCAAGACAAGCCUACUAAAACAAGAAUAUAUAUACAUAUUCUUAUAGAACAACUUAGUAGAUAUGGAAAUAGAUAGCUGACUUUUCACUGUGACAAAAUACAUGAUAGGAGUAACUUUAUUUUAGAGGGAGACCUGACUUUGGCCUGUGUCUUCAGAGGGUCUUAAUCCAACUGUGCCAAGAGAGUGGUAAGAGUGACUCCGUAUGGGCAGGGGUGUGGUGUAACUGGUUACACCGAUACAUCUGACAAGAAGUCAGUGCUAAAUUGGAGAUUUAAAAAGUAUUGAGUUGUCAGGAGGUAGAUGAUAAAGUCGCCUAGUAAGAAGCUGGUACUUUAUUUUGAUGAGAAAAAUGUACACAGGGUCAAAAUCCAGAGAAAUGUAGUAGAGGCUUAAGGAGCAGGCAGAGAAUAAGAAAAGGUACUUGGGAGGUGGAAUGAAUCAUCAUACUUGUGUGUGAUGUCAUAGAAGCCCAACAUUUACAAGGAAGCAGUUGGAGAAGGAUGAAUUAGCAAUGUGUGAUGCCAAGAAUCUUUAGUGGAAUUCCUUAGAUACCAUUUUAAGUGCUGUGGUGGUCGGGGUGAAAACAUACAGCCUGUUAGCUUAGGGCAGUUCCUUCACCUUCUUCUAUAUGAAAGCCCAGGAAGGUCAGCUCUUAGCAAAUACACUGGCUGUAGCAGCAGUAUAAAAACAUAAGUGUUUGCCCCAUCCUCUUUAACAUCAUUCUUUUCCUGGUGAGGAAAUAUUUACUUUUUCAUCUUAAAUCCGUUUUGGCCCAAAUACUGCAUAUUUCUCUAAUUUGUCCCUCCAUCCUCCUUCCCAUCCUUCCAAGAGACAAGCUCUGUCUGACUCCUUAGCCCAGACUGGCUGAGGGCUUCUAGCCUCCUACUGCAGCCUCUUAAAUCCUAGGGUUAUAGGUAUGAACUGCACCCAGCUUCUUACUUCUUUCUGAUUAAGAACAUUAGAAUGUGAGUGUUUCUAGUUGGAUUGCUUGAGCAAAUUUUUUGGUGACCUUUCUUUCUUUUGCUGCUUUUGAGAUCUAGGCGAAGAGACUCAUUUUGUUAGUAGAGCCAGGAAGCAGGCAGUUUCCAUGGUAACCGACAGGCUGAGUUUACUGUGGAAAUUUCCGGAAUUAACAGAGCUGCAUUGCAGAAGGAUGCAUAGAGCAGCAGUAUUCAUCUAGAGAUCUUCACAGCGUAUGCAGAGAGUAGCAGUUAUCGGGAUAUGUGCAUGUUUAUUUUCUUGUCUAAGGAAGAUUGGUGUGUGUGUGUGUGUGUGUGUGUGUGUGUGUGUGUGUGUGUGUGUGUGUUCGUGUUCACUUGUGUGCAUGUGUGUGCGUGUUGAGAGAGUUAAACAGCUUUGAGGCAUUUCAUACAUCCUGGCUUGGUAACCUGGAGCUUGCUUGAAGACAAAAAUGAAAAUGUGGUUUGGAAAGGAGGAUCUGCUUGGUGGCACUAGGAGAGAAUUAGCUCUCAGCUUUCAAACUCCAAACAGUAACAAACACAUUUGGAGUUUUAAUGAAAAUGAUUGGAACCAAAGCAAGAAUCUGAGUUAUGAGGGAUGAGACUCAUGGCUAUGCCACUGGAAACAAACUGAUUCAGAAGAAGCACCAAGUAAGCAAACAGUAGAUGGCGGCGUGGAAGGAACAUGGCAGUGCAAUUGCCCGAGGCUUGGUUUUGCUGGGAUGUUUGUCCUGGAGUGUCUAAAGAGCCAGCUGACGAUGGAAGAGAGAGACUGAGAACCCACAGCAUUGAGUCAUCAGGAAAACUGAAGAUCUCCCCUGAACAACACUGGGAUUUCACUGCAGAGGACUUGAAAGACCUUGGAGAAAUUGGACGAGGAGCUUAUGGUUCUGUCAACAAAAUGGUCCACAAACCAAGUGGGCAGAUAAUGGCAGUUAAAAGAAUACGAUCAACUGUGGAUGAAAAAGAACAAAAACAACUUCUCAUGGAUUUGGAUGUAGUGAUGCGGAGUAGUGAUUGCCCAUACAUUGUUCAGUUCUAUGGUGCACUCUUCAGAGAGGGCGACUGUUGGAUCUGUAUGGAGCUCAUGUCUACCUCGUUCGAUAAGUUUUACAAAUAUGUAUAUAGUGUGUUAGAUGAUGUGAUCCCGGAAGAGAUCUUAGGCAAAAUCACUUUAGCAACUGUGAAAGCACUAAACCACUUAAAAGAAAACUUGAAAAUUAUUCACAGAGACAUCAAACCUUCCAAUAUUCUUCUGGACAGGAGUGGAAAUAUAAAGCUCUGUGACUUCGGCAUCAGUGGACAGCUCGUGGACUCUAUUGCCAAGACGAGAGAUGCUGGCUGUAGGCCGUAUAUGGCACCUGAAAGAAUAGACCCAAGUGCAUCAAGACAAGGGUAUGAUGUCCGCUCUGAUGUCUGGAGUUUGGGGAUCACAUUGUACGAGUUGGCCACAGGCCGAUUUCCUUAUCCAAAGUGGAAUAGUGUAUUUGAUCAGCUAACACAAGUGGUGAAAGGAGACCCUCCCCAGCUGAGUAAUUCCGAAGAAAGGGAGUUCUCCCCCAGUUUCAUCAACUUUGUCAACUUGUGCCUUACGAAGGACGAGUCCAAAAGGCCAAAGUACAAAGAGCUUCUGAAACAUCCCUUUAUUUUGAUGUAUGAAGAACGUACUGUAGAGGUCGCAUGCUAUGUUUGUAAAAUCCUGGAUCAGAUGCCAGCUACUCCCAGCUCUCCCAUGUAUGUCGACUGAUACUGCUGCUACAUCAGACUCUAGAAAAAAGGGCUGAGAGGAAGCAAGACGUAAAGAGUUUUCAUCCUGUAUCACAGUGUUUUUAUUGCUCGCCCAGACACCAUGUGCAAUAAGAUUGGUGUUCGUUUCCAUCAUGUCUGUAUACUUCUGUCACCUCGAAUGUGCAUCCCUGUAAUACCUGACUGAUCACAGUGUUAGUGCUGGUCACAGAGACCUCAUCCUGCUCUUUGUGAUGAACAUAUUCAUGACGUGUGGAAGUCAGUACGAUCAAGUUGUUGACUGUGAUUAGAUCACACCUUAAAUUCAUUUCUAGACUCAAAACCUGGAGACGCAGCUACUGGAGUGGCGUUUUGUGAGCCUUCCGAAGGCUGGAAAGACACAGUCAUGGAUGUACUAUAUCUGAACAUAGAGACCUGGGCUUGAGUGAGAAGAGCUUGCACAGCCAGUGAGACACAUUGCCUUCUGCAGCUGGGAGACAAAGGAAGGAUUUCCUUUUUUCACCAAGUGCAAUAGAUUUGCUGAUCUGAUACUCUGUUCCUUUACAGUCACAGUCGAUGUUGGGGGAUCGAUGUGCUCAGCCAAAUUCCCUGUUCAAAACAUGUUAAAUUAGAAUUAAUCUAUCUUUACCAAAACCUAUGUUGCUUUCAGAGAGGUGAACAUUAAACGCUGAGACAGGACAGAAUGUGUUCUUUGUCCUUUUCCAGCCCUGCUCAUCACUGGGAAGAUACAGGAGUCUACCACUUGUCAUAGAAGGGUACUGCCAACUUGAUGUUCUACCUGCCACCAACCGCCAGGAAUGAACGAAGGAAACAGUACUGAGGGCAAAGUUUACAGAUGUUUUUGAUUCUGGUAUUUUGUCCAGAAUAGCUUGUAGCAGCUAUAGAUUCCUCCUUGGCCCCAAGCCUGGGACUUGAGCCAUCCUAACUCACUAACAGGGAGAAUUAGCUGGUAGCAAUGUGCCUUGAUGAAGAUUUCCUCCAGGCAGCAAACACCAAAUCACAACUCUUUGCUUCUUGCCAUUGUGGGCCAGGUCCUCGGUUUCUAACCCUUUCCCUUCCCCACAGUUUGUUGUCACCAUGUGGCUUUGGCUCAGUCCAAUAUUCCACCUUGUUUUUUACAUUGGGAACCCUCGCAUUACCGGGGAUGCUACUUACCACAAUCUGUAACCCUGAAUCUCUCCUGUGCUCUGAUGUUCAGAAAGCUGAGACAGCUGGACCCAGUUGAUGUUGUAGGUGAGAAAGAGGCAGUCUGUUGGAGAGGUAUAUUUGAGCAGAAUAAAGAUUUGAAAUUUCAGCCUUUCAGAUAAGCAUGUCUGUCACCCGAUGGGGCCUCUACCAGUUCACUAUCUCCCUUGGAAGUGGAGUUUUACCCACCUCUGCCCCCAAAAGACAAAAUGAAAAAGAAGCCACUUCAUCUCAUGUGCUGCUUGUCUUCAGCCCAUUAGUCAGGCCAUGAGAUCAGGCUCUGCACAGCCAUUAAGCAGCACUGGUAGUUGGUCUACCACACAGGUGAUGCCUGCCAUGCAGGAUCUAUCCCUGGAGGGCACUGCUGUGUCUCCCAGAGUGGCACUCAAAGUACUGUCAAACAAUAAAAGGAGAAUGGUGCUGUUUGAAGUUACAUCCCUCUCGUUGGAGGAUUUAAAAAUGAUUUAUCUCUUCAUCCACUUGCCUCAUUUCCCCAUUUUCCACCCUUGGCCCCCUAACCCUUAGAUUCUCUGUAUUCCAUAAGGGGACAUUAUGGGAUGUCUUCCUGAAGCUGCACCAAGCCACUGUCCUCUGUUGCUCCCAGGACCCAAGAGGCAUCUGUUCUGUGCUGUCAGCUUCCUGUCUGUCUCAGUACGGCCUCACUCCGCCAUUAUGCAAAUGGAAUCAAAGCAAUUCUGACUGUCCAGGAGCUAUCUCACUUUCUGCUGUGUGGGUGACCACAUAAAAAGGCAAUUUUAGUGUAUUAAUCAUAGAUUAUUAUAAACUAUAAACUUAAGGGCAAGGAAUUUAUUACAAUGUAUCUUUAUUAAAACAAAGGGGUGUAUAGUGUUCACAAACUGUGAAAAUAGUGUAAGAACUGUACAUUGUGAGCUCUGGUUAUUUUUCUCUUGUACCAUAUGAAAGUAUAUAAAAAUUAUCAAAAAGCUGAUGUGCAGGGAUAUUGCCUUAUUUGUCUGUAAAAAAUGUAGCUCAGUAACAUAACUGCUUCUUGGAGCUUUGGAAUAUUUUAUCCUGUAUUCUUGUUUGAGUCCUUCCUCUAUUUAAAACAUAGCCGUGGAGUCCACAUGUUUAUUAAAACAUAGCCGUGGAGUCCACAUGUUUAUGGAAUAGUCUACCCUUUGCCUGCAGGUCAGUUGUAAUAAAUCUAGGUUGUGAUGA